AUGAGUAAAAAACUAUCAUUGGAAGAAAGGCUUUCUCUGGCUACGAAGAAGGGAAGAAAAAAGAGCAAGAGAUCAACAUCGAACUUAUCAUCACCCUCACCUGCAAUACCCUCAAGCAGUGAACAAGAAAUAAAUGGCGCGUCUUUCGACGAUCCUACUGCCGGUGUGGAAUCAAACGAUGAUGCUGAGAACGGGGACGAUACAGUACGAUUGCUAAGCACGGAAGAGAGCGGUACACAUAAACUAAUAACAACUGCAGUCGAAAGUACAGCGCAUAUCGAUCCGGAUAAAGCUGGAAAAUCUGAAGGCACUAUAAUACCAUUGCCUCAAUGGCUACCUAAGAAUUUUCUAGACCUCAGUGUUGAGGAAUUGGUCAAAAAAAUAAGCCCGGAAUACCAAAGGCUUAACGAACAGAUUGACGACCUAACAAACGAACUCAACAAGAAACCCCAAAUCGAGACUAGGGACUCUAGUUUCUUUAAAUUGGUUAAAGAGAAAGACGAUUUGAUAGACCAAUUGAAAAAAGAAGGCACAAAAUUAGCAGAGACAGAAUUGAGGCAAUCUAAUCAAAUCAAAGCUUUGAGAGCGAAUGUAAAAGAUUUAGAGUAUGAUGUAUCCACACUAACUGAGGAUUCGGCACAGAAUGUAGACAAUUUUAACGAGCUGCAAUCAUUGUAUCAUAACUUACAAGGACAAUUGGCUGAAGCCACAAACAAACUAAAGGACACUGAUAAACAAAAAGAGUUACUAGAAACAUUCGAGAAAAAGAUUGAAGAAAAGGAUGGUUUGAUUAAGAGUUUGCAACAAUCUUUAGAUGAAGUAGAAAUAUUGCUCGAGAAGGAGAGAACUGAAUUUCAAAUGGAAAAGAAAGCAUUACAAGAAGCAACAAUAGAUCAGGUCACAGCACUGGAGACAAAACUAGAACAACUAAGAAUAGAGCUGGAUAAUUCCAAUCAGAUUUCAAAUGCGAAAUCAAAUAGGGACGGUGGCGCCGAUAACGAUGAAAACAGCUCCGAAGUAAAAGAACAUACAUUGUCCCAAUAUAAUCUGUUGAAAGAACAGCUGGAAUCAAGUAAGGCCAACUGGAAUAGUAUUGAAUAUGCUCUGAAUAUUAAAAUUGUGGAUUUGGAGAACCGCCUUACAUCUACAAAAAAGGAAAAAAAAAGAUUUGAAGAAGCUUAUCAAACCGCCCUGGAUUCAUCAGAAACUUUAAGCGAGCAAUUGGAAAAGGAAAGAGAUAAUCAUCUAAACGCCGUUUCUCAAGUCAAGGAGCUGGAGAGACAGAUAGAGACUUUAAAAUUAUCAUUACAGAGUGUAAAUGAUGAUUACAAUUUAUUGAAGAAGAAAUAUGAUAUUCAAAGAGCUCAGUUAGAGAAAAAUGACGAUGAUUCAAAACCGCAUCAAGAGAACAGUGUUGGGAAAGUUGUCGAAAAAUUACUUUCAGAAUCAACUAGUAGCUUGAAUUCCAUGAACGGAAAUAUUGAAGACGAGUGGAUUUUGCCUCAAGAAAACUCCAUGCUGUCAUUAUCAAUCUCAAAAUUGGAAGAUUUAGAAGACGAUUCAUCUAUAAAACCCAUAGGAGAUGGGCCGCACGACACCCUAGGUAGUGAAGAAACACAACACUUUAGUAGGAAAAAUGUAGAUUUUAGCAUCGACGAUAUCCCAGAGGAAGCCGCUGAUUUGCAAGCAAUCCAGGAAGGAAAAUCCAUGAAAUCAUUAAACAAUACAUCAAUACCGUACAGAAGAGCGAGCGCUCAAUUAUCGAAUUCUAAUGGCCAUAUAAGUGCUCAUUUGGUGAAUAAGUUAAGUACAGAAUUAAGAAGACUGGAAGGAGAACUAUCAACCUCAAAGGAAUCAUACAAUAACUUGUUAAGUGAAAAGGCAAAGGCAAACGACGAGAUAUUGAGGCUACUUGAGGAAAAUGAUAAAUUUGAUGAAGUCAAUAAGCAAAAAGAUGAGCUUUUGCGAAAAGUAGAACAAAUACAAAGUAAAUUAGAGACCUCUUUACAAUUGUUGGGUGAAAAGACCGAACAAGUGGAAGAAUUAGAAAAUGAUGUGUCUGACUUAAAGGAAAUGAUGCAUGAGCAAGUUCAACAAAUGGUUGAAAUACAAGAGAAGAUGAGAUGA